GCCUAUAAAACUUUUGAUCGACCUUCUGACCAUGUUCAAAUUCUGCUUGCAACAAAAAGCUGCUUUCCGCUCUGCCAGCCUACGCCGCUACUCUACCCAGCCAACAGGGAAGACACCUAUCAAGCUCGUUGCAGAACUUCGCAAGCUCACUGAAGUUUCACUUGCCAAAGCUCGUGAAGCCCUUGCCGCGUCAAACAACGACGUUCGGGCCGCUUUGCAAUGGCUUGAGAAGGACGCCUCAGUCUCUGGUGCCAAGAAGGCUGCGAAGUUGCAGGGAAGAGAUGCGAGAGAAGGACUGAUUGGAACGUCCGUUCUCUCGAGGGGCACUGGGGUUGGAGAGGGUCCUGUGCGGGGAGGUGUGAGAGGUGCUAUGGUGGAACUCAAUUGCGAGACGGAUUUCGUGGCAAGAAACGAGCUCUUUGGAAAGCUCUUGGCGGAUAUCUCACAUACGGCAGCAUUCAUAUCGGAGAAUACGUCGAAACAUUCGGACCUGUCGGAUGCCUUUGAACCACUUUCCAUUGAACUCCUCCAAGACGCGCCUCUAUUGUCUUCCGACGCUUCUGAGCCAUUACGCCCGGCCAAGCAGACUGUAGCAGAGGCCCUGCAGGAGUUAGUUGGCAAGGUCGGCGAGAAAAUAUAUCUGCGCAGAGCGUUGACAGCUGUCAUUCCUUCAGAGAGGAUACUUGCUGGUACAGCGUACCACUUGUCCUCAUACUCGCAUGGUGCCAUCCGCCUUGCCAGUCAAGGUCGCAUCAGUGCGCUUUUAUUGACAAGCUCUACGGGACCCAGCCAGAAGUUGAACCAAUUGCUCUCCUCUCCCGAUUUUUCGAAGGAACUUUUCGCUAUUGAGGACGCUCUCGCCAGACAGGUGGUUGGUUUCCCCACCUUGUCAAUCAAACCUUCUUCUUGGUGCGGCUCAGAUGAUCAACUUGCCGCAGCUCUUCUUGCUCAGCCAUUCAUGAUGUACUCUCCAUCAAACGGCGCCUCUGUCGCUGAAUUCUUGCAACAAUGGGCGAAAACACACAAAUUAACUAUUGCGGGUCCUUCACUGGCGGUUAUCCCAACUGCUGUUGCCAAGUGGACAGUUGGGGAGAGCGACAAUGCCGCUGUUGUGUCGGUGCUUUCGAAAGAGCCAGGUGAACAACUACUUCCGAGUGUAUGAUAUCAUGUGCGUAAUCUAGAGGGCGCCACGCGCUCGUAGACAAUGAUGAGUGAGUGUUUCCGAUACCCACAGUGAAAUACUGGCUAAUAUGUCAUCGUUCCAGACUCAUAGACGCGGCUUGUCAAGGACAUCCCAAAUGUAUUGUUUACUAGCUCAGUAAUAUCUACUCUCCUCCAUCAUCGGGUCUAUGCAUUAUCUAAUUACUGCCAAUAAAUUGCAACCCCACUCCUAUCUCCC